AUGUACUGGUUCUAUUCCUGCAUCUCCUGUUGCUGGGUUUAUUUUGCUGCUUCUAUGCUCAGAGCUGUAGAAACAGCAGAUGGAAAAUAUGCUCAGAAAUUGUUUAGUGACCUUUUUGAAGAUUAUUCCAAUGCUCUGCGUCCAGUAGAAGAUACAGAUAAAGUCCUAAACGUCACACUGCAGAUUACACUUUCUCAGAUCAAGGAUAUGGACGAGAGAAACCAAAUUCUGACGGCCUAUCUGUGGAUUCGCCAAAUCUGGCAUGAUGCAUACCUCAUGUGGGAUCGAGACCAGUACGAUGGGCUGGAUUCUAUCAGGAUUCCCAGUGACCUGGUGUGGAGGCCAGACAUCGUCCUGUACAACAAGGCUGACGAUGAGUCAUCAGAACCUGUGAAUACCAAUGUGGUCCUACGGUAUGAUGGGCUCAUCACCUGGGAUGCACCAGCCAUCACCAAAAGCUCCUGUGUGGUGGAUGUCACCUACUUCCCCUUCGAUAACCAGCAGUGCAACCUGACCUUUGGUUCCUGGACCUACAAUGGCAACCAAGUGGACAUAUUCAACGCUCUGGAUAGUGGUGAUCUCUCUGACUUCAUUGAAGAUGUGGAAUGGGAAGUCCAUGGCAUGCCUGCUGUGAAGAACGUCAUCUCCUAUGGCUGCUGCUCAGAGCCCUACCCAGAUGUGACCUUCACUCUCCUCCUGAAGAGGAGGUCCUCUUUCUACAUCGUCAACCUCCUCAUCCCUUGUGUCCUCAUAUCUUUCCUCGCUCCUUUGAGUUUCUAUCUCCCAGCAGCCUCUGGGGAGAAGGUCUCUCUGGGAGUGACCAUUCUGUUGGCCAUGACUGUAUUUCAACUAAUGGUGGCAGAGAUCAUGCCAGCCUCAGAAAAUGUCCCUCUGAUAGGGAAAUACUACAUAGCCACCAUGGCCUUGAUCACAGCCUCUACAGCUCUCACCAUUAUGGUGAUGAACAUUCAUUUCUGCGGGGCUGAGGCCCGGCCAGUGCCACACUGGGCCAGGGUAGUCAUCCUGAAAUACAUGUCCAGGAUUUUGUUUGUCUACGAUGUGGGUGAGAGCUGCCUCAGCCCAUGCCACAGCCAGGAGCCAGACCAUCUCAUGAAGGUUUAUAGCAAAUUCCCAGGGUCCAACCUGAAAACAGCCAGGAAAAAAGACCUUUCCAGAAAGAAGGAAAUGAACAAACUCUUAAAGAAUCACCUGGGAUGCCAAGGUGGGACCCCUCAGGAUAGUUACUGUGCGCGGUACGAAGUGCUGACCAAAAAUAUCAAAUACAUUGCCAAGUGCCUCAAAGAUCACAAGGCUACCAACUCCAAGGGCAGUGAGUGGAAGAAGGUGGCGAAAGUCAUAGACAGGUUCUUCAUGUGGAUUUUCUUCAUUAUGGUGUUUGUGAUGACCCUUUUGAUCAUAGCACGAGCGGAUUAUAAGAAAAGAGGAGGGGGUUAGUAGGUGUUUAAUAUUUGGGAGAAAAUCAAUAAAAUCCCCUUGUGAUAUGCUCCAAUGUUUGAAUCCAAUUGCUAUUCAUACAUAAUUUAGGGGUUAUGCUGUGUAUGCUUUUUAUUUUUAACUUGAAUCAAUAGUGUGGUUAUGUGUCAGGUUAAAUUAAGCAGGAGAUCCAAACUUUCAGGGAUAGAAAGAUGAAGGAAGUAAG